ACGACGACGACGACGACGAUGAUGAUGAUGAUGAUUUUGGUGAUUUUGGAGAAGCACAGAGCGCGCCAGCACCAGCACCAGCGCCAGCACCGGCACCGGUACCGGCAACUUAUGAAAGAAAAGAAAGCACAGCAUCAAAAAUGCGGAUAUUAAAAGACGAGGACUUUUCAUCAUCCGAGACGCUCGAGUCUGCUACUAUGUCAAUCACAGACGGCGUGUUUCCAAAUACGAGGAUGAUUAUGGCUACGAUUGAUAAUCUGGAGGAUCUUCCUGCUGUCAGACCUGGGACUGCUGUGCGGACUACAAGAAGAGGGUAUGUUAUUUUCUGUUUCUGAUGAAGAGUACUGGGAGGCCUGGCUAACAGUCUAUAGGGCCGAGAUAUGGGAGAGCCUUACGAAACCGCGGCGGUCACAAGUUCCAGACUGGAAAACGUCGCGGACACGACGGACGUACCUUGUUAGUCUUGGAAUGCCAGUCGAUCUUGACCAAGUGCUUCCGACGAAGCAGACACAGGAAAAGCUCGUGCUGUCGCUGAAGCAGAAGAAGCGGCUGUCUGCAAACGCAGGAGGGUCGCAGUCGACUGAGACUACGGCCUCGCGCGCGUCGAGCUCGAGCGACAAGCCAAUCACGCCGCUGAGCCAUGCAAAUACAGCAACUUUACAGCCUACACACGCGUCUGCGCCGGUGUCGCGGACCGAGACGCCGGUGGCAGUUCCGGAAUUUGACGUCGACCGCGCGCGUCAGCUGUCGCGCGUGAGUGUGGCGGCGCUGGAGAACAUGAGCACGGCGGAGCUGCAGAGCCAUGUGGAGGAGCUGGAGCAGGUGAAGGUGGAUGCGGCAAAGUACCUGGCAUACUGGAUCGACAUGCGGAAUACAAGCGAGGAGGACAAGGCAAAGUACGAGGGCGUGAUCGAGAGCUCGAUCGAGUACGCGCAGCGACUGCGGAAGCACACGACGAAGCAGGCUGCGCUUCCUCGGCUGUCGGGGCUGUCGCGGACCAAGUCGCUGCACAAUAAAUAGACGGGAGUUGUGUAUAUAAGUAUGUUUAAUAUCACAGUGUGGUUUGGUAUAU